UCAAAAAACUGUUCAUACUAUGAACAUAGUAGAAUGGAGGUCGGGGAAGGAUGCCCCCAUCGUCUAGCGGUUUAGGACAUCUCUCUUUCAAGGAGGCAACGGGGAUUCGACUUCCCCUGGGGGUAGGGUACUACGAAAGGAAAUGGAUCAGGGAUUAUCAAUAAAGACUAAAUUGGAUUCUUCCUGGGUCGAUGCCCGAGCGGUUAAUGGGGACGGACUGUAAAUUCGUUGGCAAUAUGUCUACGCUGGUUCAAAUCCAGCUCGGCCCAAAAAUAUUUCUGGAUCCACCAUGAAAUGAUAGAACCCAUUUGGUGUUCUCUUAAAAUCACCAAUGGGUUCGGAUACAGAAGAUUAGAAUCUCGAGUCCUAUGUCUUUUUUCCAUAUUACUUACAUAUUUUUUCCACAAAUUCUGAUUUUCCAAAAUUCCUAUCGGGAUCUGUAAGUUUAAAGUCUAAGGAAAGGGUUAAAGUUAAAAAACAAAAAAGAGUCUUUUUUGUUUUGUUUCCUUGAUUCAUUUCUUGAUUCAUUUAUUUUUAAAUAAAGUUGGCAAUAACGAACGGAUUGCGAUGCGAGUCAUCCGUGUCGAUAAAGUGCAGACCCAUCAAAAUAGGAAUAUAUAUAGAAGUGAGCCUCUUUUACAGGGGUUCGAAUCUCAAAUAGAAAAACAAAGAGUUUGGAUGCAAUUGUAAGAAUAUGUAUGUAUACUAUACGACUUUUUCCCUGGGAUUGUAGUUCAAUUGGUCAGAGCACCGCCCUGUCAAGGCGGAAGCUGCGGGUUCGAGUCCCGUCAGUCCCGAUGGAUACAAAUCCAAUCAAAAAAAUAAAAUAUCAAUGGAUUUCGUGUAUGAAAGGGAAUAAAAAUAAAAAUAAAAUAUCAUUUCUAACGGGUAUCCCCUUUUUUCUUUCUUUUUUAGUUUAGUUUGUUUAAGGGAAAGGUUCGGACAAAGAAAGAAAAACGACUUUUUGAUUGCAUCAUAAAGUCAUUUUCUUAUUUGGAUAUCAUCGAGAUCCUAUUUAUACCAUUGAAUUUAGUGACGAAAGAUUUUUCAUUUCUAUGGGAUUAAAUCCCGAAGUAUUUAUUAGAAAUUAAAGAGAAAGAAAACAUAGAGAUUAUGGAAGUAAAUAUUCUCGCAUUUAUAGCUACUGCACUCUUCAUUCUAGUUCCUACUGCCUUUUUACUUAUAAUUUAUGUAAAAACGGUAAGUCAAAGUGACUAAUUUUAGUGAAACAUGACUUCUUAUUUCUUAUCAAUGCAAUGAUUGAAGAAAAAAAUGAAAAAAGGAUUUGUAUUUCGGGUCUUUGUUUGAAUCUUUGUUUUAAAUAAAAUGAUCAGACUACAUAACAAAAAGGAUCUUCGACAACCCCCAAAAAAGUAUAUUUCUAUAUUUCCUAUCGAAUUGAAUUCUAGAAAUAUUCUUAUUUCCUUCAUAAAUUAUAUUAUUAGAAACCAAUUCAUCCUAUUCACAUUUUAAUUGAUCCUGAGUUUUCUUUUUUUUUUUUUAUUCUAAUUCUAAUAUUAUUGUCUAUAUUUUAUUCUCUAAUAGAGAAUAAAAUAUAGAGAGAAUCCAUUAUAUAUAUUGAAUAUUGAAUUUUUGAUAGUUUAUUGUCACCAUCAGUCAAAUAAAAGGGUCCGUUGAGCGCCUAACUGCUAUGUCAUAAUAGAUCCGAACACUUGCCCCGGAUUCACUUCCGGAUCCUAAUUGUUCUAGUGAAUAACUCAAGAAAAUAUAGAAUAGAUAGAUGGGAGAAAGAUAUUCAAUAUAAACAUUUCUCAUAAGUUCACUAAUUAUGUUUUAUGUUGGCGGGUCUCUUUGUAUGUGUUGUCCGGAAAGAGGAGGACUCAAUGAUUAUUCGUUCGCCGGAACCAAAAGUCCAAAUUUUGGCAGAUCCAGAAGUCAAAAUUUUGGUAGAUAGGGAUCCCAUAAAAACGUCUUUCGAGCAAUGGGCAAAACCUGGUCAUUUCUCAAGAACAAUAGCUAAGGGACCUGAUACUACUACUUGGAUCUGGAACCUACAUGCUGAUGCUCAUGAUUUCGAUAGCCAUACUAGUGAUUUAGAGGAGAUUUCCCGAAAAGUAUUUAGUGCUCAUUUCGGCCAACUCUCCAUUAUCUUUCUUUGGCUGAGUGGCAUGUAUUUCCAUGGUGCUCGUUUUUCCAAUUAUGAAGCAUGGCUAAAUGAUCCUACUCACAUUCGACCUAGUGCCCAAGUGGUUUGGCCAAUAGUAGGCCAAGAAAUAUUGAAUGGUGAUGUAGGGGGAGGUUUCCGCGGAAUACAAAUAACCUCUGGUUUUUUUCAGAUUUGGCGAGCAUCUGGAAUAACUAGUGAAUUACAACUCUAUUGUACUGCAAUCGGUGCGUUGGUCUUUGCAGCCUUAAUGCUUUUUGCUGGUUGGUUUCAUUAUCACAAAGCUGCUCCAAAAUUGGUUUGGUUUCAAGAUGUAGAAUCCAUGUUGAAUCACCAUUUGGCAGGUCUACUAGGACUUGGGUCUCUUUCUUGGGCGGGGCAUCAAGUACAUGUAUCUUUACCAAUUAACCAAUUUCUAAAUGCUGGAGUAGAUCCCAAAGAGAUCCCACUUCCUCAUGAAUUUAUCUUGAAUCGGGAUCUUUUGGCUCAACUUUAUCCAAGUUUUGCUGAGGGAGCAACCCCAUUUUUUACCUUGAAUUGGUCAAAAUACGCGGACUUUCUUACUUUUCGUGGAGGAUUAGACCCACUAACUGGUGGUCUAUGGCUGACUGAUAUUGCACAUCAUCAUUUAGCUAUUGCAAUUCUUUUUCUCAUUGCGGGUCAUAUGUAUAGAACUAACUGGGGUAUUGGUCAUGGUAUAAAAGAUAUUUUAGAAGCCCAUAAAGGUCCAUUUACAGGCCAGGGUCAUAAAGGUCUAUAUGAGAUCCUAACAACGUCAUGGCAUGCUCAAUUAUCUAUUAACCUAGCUAUGUUAGGCUCUUUGACCAUUAUUGUAGCUCACCAUAUGUAUGCUAUGCCUCCUUAUCCAUACCUAGCUACUGACUAUGGUACACAACUGUCAUUGUUCACACAUCACAUGUGGAUUGGGGGCUUUCUCAUAGUUGGUGAUGCUGCACAUGCAGCCAUUUUUAUGGUAAGAGACUAUGAUCCAACUACUCGAUACAACGAUCUAUUAGAUCGUGUUCUUAGACAUCGUGAUGCAAUCAUAUCACAUCUCAACUGGGUGUGUAUAUUUUUAGGCUUUCACAGUUUUGGGUUGUAUAUUCAUAAUGAUACCAUGAGUGCUUUAGGGCGCCCUCAAGAUAUGUUUUCAGAUACCGCUAUACAAUUACAACCUGUCUUUGCUCAAUGGAUACAAAAUACCCAUGCUUUAGCACCUGGCACAACAGCCCCUGGUGCAACAACAAGCACCAGUUUGACUUGGGGCGGUGGUGAUUUAGUGUCAGUGGGCGGCAAAGUAGCUUUGUUACCUAUUCCAUUAGGAACUGCAGAUUUUUUGGUACAUCAUAUUCAUGCAUUUACAAUUCAUGUGACGGUAUUGAUACUCCUAAAAGGUGUUCUAUUUGCUCGUAGCUCACGAUUGAUACCGGAUAAAGCAAAUCUUGGUUUUCGGUUCCCUUGUGAUGGCCCUGGAAGAGGGGGGACAUGCCAAGUAUCCGCUUGGGAUCAUGUCUUCCUAGGAUUAUUUUGGAUGUACAAUGCAAUUUCUGUAGUAAUAUUCCAUUUCAGUUGGAAAAUGCAGUCAGAUGUUUGGGGAAGUAUAAAUGAUCAAGGAGUAGUAACUCAUAUCACAGGAGGAAACUUUGCGCAGAGUUCGAUUACCAUUAAUGGGUGGCUUCGCGAUUUCUUAUGGGCGCAGGCAUCCCAGGUAAUUCAGUCUUAUGGUUCCUCAUUAUCUGCAUAUGGUCUUUUUUUCUUAGGCGCCCAUUUUGUAUGGGCUUUUAGUUUAAUGUUUCUAUUCAGCGGGCGUGGUUAUUGGCAAGAACUUAUUGAAUCCAUCGUUUGGGCUCAUAAUAAAUUAAAAGUUGCUCCUGCUACUCAGCCUAGAGCCUUGAGCAUUGUACAGGGACGUGCUGUAGGAGUAACACAUUACCUUCUGGGUGGAAUUGCCACAACGUGGGCAUUCUUCUUAGCAAGAAUUAUUGCAGUAGGAUAAUGGCUAGGAGGAUUUGAAAAGCAUUAUGGCAUUAAGAUUUCCAAGGUUUAGCCAAGGCUUAGCUCAGGACCCCACUACUCGUCGUAUUUGGUUUGGUAUUGCUACCGCACAUGACUUCGAGAGUCAUGAUGAUAUUACUGAGGGACGUCUUUAUCAGAAUAUUUUUGCUUCUCAUUUCGGACAAUUAGCAAUAAUUUUUCUGUGGACUUCCGGGAAUCUCUUCCAUGUAGCUUGGCAAGGAAAUUUUGAGGCAUGGGUACAGGAUCCUUUACAUGUAAGACCUAUUGCUCAUGCAAUUUGGGAUCCCCAUUUUGGUCAACCGGCUGUAGAAGCUUUUACUCGAGGGGGUGCUCUUGGCCCAGUGAAUAUUGCCUAUUCCGGUGUUUAUCAGUGGUGGUAUACAAUUGGUUUACGUACUAAUGAGGAUCUUUAUAC